AUGGCGGAUGAACAGCUCCUCGACAAAAUCCACAAUCUCAGCGACCUGGAGCUCGCAGCCCUCCUUGGCCUCAUCGCCCGCGAGCACUGCCUGAUCAGCACCGAACCGGACAGCGUCAACGAACUCGCCGAGGAGUUGCGCCUGAUCGCAUCCAAAACCUUCAACCUUAGCUCCGCCAUAAUCAGCUGCCACGCCCACACCACGCUCGAUGAGUUUGCGACAGGUUUAUGCGUCCCUCCGAACCGAGCACCGCCGUCGCCCGGCAACACGCGCUCCGUGUCCCCGUACCGACCGCGCCAUGAGCAGUCGCAGCUCUCCGUGGGAGGCCCCGGGCCUUCAUCCGGGUCCUACUUUCCGCUAACCUCAUCUCCUCGCAUUGGUGGGGCGGUGAGCCCAAUCUCGCCCGGAAGCAGCUCGCAGACCCCACAACCGCGAAUCGCCAACGUUAUCCUGGCUAAAGACCUAGACCGUGCUCCCCGGGCCAUCCAGAUCCAAGCCCUCGAGCUUCUCCGCACGCGCCGCAUAUUCACAAGAACAAGCGUACAAACUGCCCCAAAGCAGUUUCUCUUCAUUGCUGUAGUUGGCGCCAACGGUGUAGGACAGGCCCGGGUCACCCCCCAUCUGAAUGAUUUCUUCUACCUCAGCCACUGGCAUGACCCGGAGGAGGAUGGUUUCCCCUACCUCGACGAAGAAUACAGCCCUCAGCCCCGGCCCUCAAACGAUGACAACCAGGACGACGCCGCCUCCACGAGAUCUAGCACUAGCGUUGUUAAGCUCAACCGGCACGCCUCCCUGGCCAUAACAGGCCUCGGCAUCCCAGCCGUCGACCACCAAGACCACUGGCGCCAUCGCAAGGACAGCACCGCUAGCAGCGUCCGAAGCGGCGGCAUACCCUCCCUCUCACCCCAACACCGACACCAACACCAACACCCCCCAACCCAACCCCGAACCCAACCCCCCCAACACACCCUCACCGAAACCGAAAUCUCCCACCUCUCCCAGCUCUCCCGCACAACGCACACCUCCAUCGCCCUAACGCGCUACCAAUUCAACCUGAUCUCCUUCCUGCGCACCCACCGCGCCGUCGCACCGGGGUGCGUCUCCCCCACCGCCACGCAGCACCUCGCCCGGCUGAGCGCGUCGCUGGCGCCGCUGCACGGGCUGGACUACGUCACCCCCGCGCUGGUGGCGCUGGCGGUGCGCAAGGUGUACGCGCACCGGGUGAGGGUGGUGGGCGGGGAGGAGGGGGUGGGGGUGGAGAGGGAGAGGAGCGUGCAGUGGGGGAGUGAGGUUGGGGUGGUGAGGGGGUUGUUGGAGGGGGUCGGGGUGGAGGAGGUGUUGGAGGAGGUUUUGGGGGCGGUGAGGGUGCCUGCGUAG